AUGGUUCCUACGUGCCUCCGUCUUCUCGCACGCUUUGCGUCGUCUGCCGUCUUUGAGUCUCGACGUUAUUGUGGAUGUUUUCACACGAGGAGGCUGCCUUCGGGUCCAGAGUCCCAGCCAGUCUGCGAGGCGAUGUUCAUCGCCAAAGUUUGGGUGCCGACCGUCUUGGGACCGGGGUUUUUGUCAGGCAGGCUGAUUUUUCUGAGAUUCCUGGGAACCACGUUCCCGAGGACCAUCGAUAGCCAGGAUGUAAUGGAGCAGCUGAGAUACGCCGCUCCCGCACGGAACACGGCCCGCAGCGCUCGGCGCAUCCUCGGCUCAGCGUCCCCGCCGUGCCCCGGGCGCAGGGACGCGGCCCCCGCCCGCUCGGCCCCAGCGCGUCCCAGCCGCGGGCGAGCGGCCCCGGCGGCGCCGCGCAGGCUCCGGGCAGCGGCCGCGCCUCGGGGCGGGGAGGGUAAGGCCCGGGGAGGGCGGGGAGCCCGGCCCUGCGCCGGGGACGGGGGGGCUCUGCCGCCGGCUCCCGGCCGGGCGGGACGGGCUGCGGCCGGGAUCUCCGUGCUCCCCUCCGGGCGGAGCGCCUGGGGCCGGCGCGCCGAGGGUGCGCGGCCGUGCCCUGGCACAUGCCGGCUCACCAGGCUAUUUUCCCUUCUUUUCUUUUCCUUGUCCCCGUCCCUCUGGGGACGAGCCCGGCAGCGGUGGGGCUCAGAGGAGAGGGCGCUGAGGCCUCCCCGCGAGCACCUGCGGCAGCCGGAGCCGCCCGGGGCCCGCCGAGGAGCAGCGCCCCGGCGCCAGGGGAGAAGGCGCAGAGGGAAGGCGGAGGGCGCUGAGCACACCCGGCCCGGGGAGCAGCGGCACAGGCGGCAGUGCGCACCGCGAGGCUGUGGUGCAGCUGUGUGCAGCUGUGUGCGGCUGUGCACAAAGUGCCUUUCGCUCCGAGGUACGAAAAGAAACAAAGCGCAGGAGGCGCCGGCAGCGCUCAGCAGCCAGGAGGCCGAUGGGGACAGGGACCUGCCACUUCCGCGAUGCUGCGCAGGAGGUCUGGGGUUGUUCCUGGCUGAGCUGGUGGUUGUCAGCAUGAAGGGCAGAGCUGCCCGUGGGCGGCCACGUCCCUGUGACCGCUACAAGCACGCCUGUGCUGUCUGCAGGGGCUGCGUGUACCUGCACGGGGGGCGCGGCAGCGCCACGCUGGGAGACUUCUGGAGGUACCACACAGUGAAAAACGAAUGGGAAGUGUUGGAUUGCUCAAGAGACGGUCCAGAAGAAUUGGAAGAACAUUCAAUGGUGGCUUAUAAGGGCAGCCUGUAUAUUUUUGGUGGGAUGGUGGAUUCUGCUUUUACACAAGCAAAAACUCCUCUCUGGAUAUAUGACAUCGAUUCCGCAAGAUGGACACAGAGCUGCAACGAACCAGCAGAGACGGAGAGCUCUGCACCAGCUAACAGAAAAGGUCACAGUGCAGUCGUGUACCAUUCCAGCAUGUACAUCUAUGGGGGAUACUUUGGCAUCAAAGGCAUUUCCCAGGAGUUUUGGGAGUUCCAAUUUGAUACAAGGAAGUGGUUGUGUGUCUCCAGCUCCUGCCCUAGCAGCGGCCCCGGAGCGCGGCACGGCCACUCGGCAGCGGUUUAUCACACAGCCAUGUACCUCUUUGGGGGGCUGGUGGGGCUCACUGAACAGAGGGACUUGUGGAGGUGGGACUUUGGGAGCAGCAGCUGGUCCAGCAUCAGAACAAGCCAAGGACCCCCUCCGGUGGUAGGUCAUGCUUCCAUAGUCUGCAAAGACUCUAUGCUGAUUUUUGGUGGAGGGAUUUCAAAUUCCAGCCCUAAUGAUGACCUCUGGAAGUAUCAUUUCCCCACGCAGACCUGGAAGAAGCUUACCAGUACUACAAAGGGAAACUUUUCUCCUAAAAUGUAUCACUGCAUCUUAGGAAUUGGUGUGGAUUUCCAAACUACCUCAGAUUUCCCUGAUACAUUCCCCAGGCACUGCAAGAGUGAGCACAAGGACCAUCCCCAGCUGGUGCCCAUCCCCAGGUACUCUGGCUUUUGCAGCUACUUCUGCCCACAGCCCGUGGAGCGAAGCAACGCCAUCGAAAUGAAAACCUUCAGCCUGCCCCUGGAGCCAGCAGAAUUCCCUGCCUCCCAGACCACUUCAGAGACAGGACUAGGUCCCAACAGAGACAGGAGCUGUUUGUCCAAGGACAACUCUCUCCAUCUGUUGGCCUGUUUGGGAGAGGCUUUUGCUGCUGCUCAGGCUGUGGGUAAAGAGGAGAGAACCGCCUGUGGGUGUGCAGCCACGGGGGGUGAGAUCCGCAGUACCAACACACUGCUGCUCAUCGGGGGCAAGCCUCUGUCCAGCUUCUCUGAGAUCUCCUUCAGGCAAAUGGAGUUUGAUUGCUUGUGAUUGCUUUGCUUGCAAAGUGAAGGAAUAAAUUUCCACCACCGUGGCAGUAGGUGGAAAACCAACUGCUUGCAACUGUCUUCAGCUUCCUAUCAGCACGCUGGGGAAAAAAAUAAUUAAACCUUCUCAUACUUGCUGCGAACAGAUUUUUUACAAUGUUAACAAAACCCGACAUAUAUUUAAGUCACAACUUGCAUGUAAGUUGUGAUUUCUGAGAGGAGCUUGUUGGAAUGCUGCUCUUUUUGUUACUUUUCUCCUGGUCAUUUCAUACCCUUUCAAACUGCAAUGGCCAAUCCUGUCUUGAAAAUCAGAACUGCAGUAACCCAUACUGGCUCCACAAGAUGCUAUUUCAGGGGCAAAGCUUGCUCGUUUUGCAGUGGCAUAAAAAAGAAAUACAGUCACAUUUGAGGGAUUCAAUUAGUCUUAAUAGGAAGGUUAUCUAAGAUUUUAAAGAUUUUAUAUUCUUGGGUGUUCUUUGCACCAUGUAUUUGCAACAUGAAAUGGCCUAUGACAAAGGAAUCCAAUAGACAAAUCAGCAGCUGAAUUCUAGAGGAUAUUCAAGGAUUGUAUAUAACAUUGAGGAAGUGAAAGAGUGACUGCCUCCUGAAAAUCAUCAGCAAGGACCAGAGGAAGGGCAUUUUAUGAUGUGCCAAAUGAAUGUUGGCUUUAAUGACUGAACACAGAAUCAAAAGGGUUUGAUUUUCCACAGUGGGGUGGGGAGAGAACAGAAAGAGGACAGCUUGACAGAGUGGCACAAAGCAUGGGCUGUUUUGACUGGUAACUCAUGUUUUAGCCACAAAGGGACUUCUGCUUUCCAUCUUUCUUUUCUCACCCUAUGUAGUAUUUGUUACACAUUUCCUCUCUGUACUUGUAAAUUUUGAGUUCGUGUAUGGUUUUUCUUUGCUGAAAAGAAAAAGUGCUUCUUUUGCAAGGUAAUAUUGUCCAGUGUUCAAAGCAUCUAUUUCCAUAGAAGUUACUAAAUACCAGCCCUCUGACAGAACAUCAGCUGUCUAUAAGAGCUGCUUGUAUCUGACAUGAUCUGAAAGUGUAAGUUAAUACUUCCAAAUAUUUGAAAAGUUUCAUUUUCAAAAGUUUCACAGGAAUAAUAACUUUCAAGUCAUUUACAGAUUUCAAGAAUAUUUACAGAUACUUUCAUCAUCUCUUUACAAGUAACUGUCACAUGAAUUCAAUAGGAAAAUUAUAGAUGGAUUUGCAUAAAGCUACUUAACAGUUAUUUGGACCAUCCAUGACCCUUACCUGGAAACAGAGGAUUGUACACUGCCACGUGAAUAAAGCCUGCUCUGUUUCCUA